AUGAUUUCAUUACGUAUAGCGAAAGAAAAGAAACCUCACAAUAUUGCCGAAAGACUGAUUCUUCCUUGUUGUAAAGACAUAGUGGUAGAACAAAUAAAAACGUCAUGCCAUGAAAAUUUCGCGAUACAAGUUGACGAAUCCACCGAUGUAGCGAACUGUGCACAAUUAAUAAUAUUUGCUCGUUAUGUCUAUGAUGGAGAUUUUAAAGAAGAGUUUUUAUUUUCCUAUUUACUUGAAUCGACCACUAAAGGAGAGGAUAUUUUUCAAGCAAUUUCUACGUUUUUUGAGAAUGUUGGGUUAUCUUGGAACAAUGUAUGUUGUUGCACAACCGAUGGAGCACCAGCAAUGCUUGGCUUUCAUUCUGGCUUUAGAGGUCAAGUUAGACUGGCUAACGAGAAAACGAAACAUUUGCAUUGUAUGCUACAUCGAUAUGCACUAGCUGCAAAAACAUUACCCUCAGAUUUAAGAUAUGUUCUGGAUGAUGUCGUACAUAUCGUAAAUUAUAUUAAAAAAAGUGCUUUGCAUUCUCGCAUCUUCAGACUAAUUUGCGAAGAAUUUGAAAGAGACGACAAGACUUUGCUAUUCCACACUGAAGUGAGAUGGCUAUCUCGGGGAAACAUUCUUGCCAGAGUUUUUUUUUUGAGGAAUGAAUUAUCUGAAUAUUUUAAUCGCGAAAACAAUUCCAAAUCAUCGGAAUUUAUUUCAAAAUUAAUGGAUAGUUCAUGGCUAUCCAAGCUUGCCUACUUGAGAGAUGUUUUUUCUCGUAUAAAUUUACUCAACAAAUCGCUUCAGGGAAGGCGCGAAACUGUAGUUGAUUUUGUGGAUAAAAUUAAGUUUGUGAGCUUUUUAAUAUUAACUAUUAGUGCCUUUGUUAUGAAGUUACAACUGUGGAAAGAAAAAGUUAAACUGAAUAAUUUUACUAUGUUUGAAUCUUUUGAAGAAGAAUCUGUUAAAAUAGAUGCAGUUGAAACCAAAAAAAUAAUCGACCUUAUUUACGCACAUUUAACAUAUCUUCAAAAAGAAGUAAAUAAAUACUUUCCAGAAUUGCGCAAUAUUGAUUUGAAAUUAAUUCGUACACCGUUUGAUGUUGAUCCACGUUUAGUCGAUGAAAAUAUUCAAGAGGCUUUUAUUGAUAUGGUCAAUAAUUCGAAUGCUAAAGAUUUGUAUGAAAAACUUCCUUUGUCAAGAUUUUGGUGCAAAAUGUGCUAUUUUUAUCCUUCCUAUGUCAUCUAUCUGUUGGCGAUAUUAGCAUUGAUAGUGUCAUUUCUUUGCUUAUAUUUUCUGAAUAACAACGAAGUAUGUGCUUUUUGGACAAAAAUUGAAAAUUAUGUGAAAGACAUGUUCAACAAUUAUGAACAUAGCAGUCCAGAAAUUGACUUUUGGCACAGAACCUUGAAAUGCUGUGGUUCUUAUUCUCCGAAUGAUCCUUUUACUAACAUCCCAUCUAGCUGCAACUCUAAGGAUGAAACAUUCUAUACUGUUAUAGAAAUUUAA